AUGUCCGACAAUGUCAAUGUCAACCCGUCAUGGAAGGGGGCCAGUACGGUCUCGAGUACCGUCAUCAGGAAUAUCACCGCGCUGUCGAGCCAGAUGGCGUACUCGGCCCGUUUCGCUGGAAACACCACGACCCUCUCCACCAGGCUCGCCCCCGUUGCGAACGGUGUUGUCGCGGGCCUAUUAUUUGUCCCCGACCUCUCCUUUGGCGACUCCUGUAUCUUAGAGACGGCAUCCCAUGUCCCUUUGUCCGUUGUUAGGCAGGCCAAUCUGCCACCCAUGAACUACCACCUGGUCGCCAUCGCCCCUUGGGUGAACGGCCGGUGCGCAGAGGCCUUCUUGGAUGCUGCGCGAGCCGCUCCCGUACGAGCCUUCCUCUUCUACAAGCCCGGGACCGGGUCCGGUGCGCCGCCGUCGACCGACUCGACCGAAUGGCAUAUUGACGGCGGGCACAGUUGGAUGACACGAACCAACUGGCCCGUCUACGCCGUUUCCGGCAUGGUUGGCGAGGUCAUGAUGCAGCACCUGAGCCUCUACUCGGGGAACGUGACCGAGGUUCCGUUUGGCCGCAACAUCAGUGAGCGCUACUUGGCUGACCCUGAAGAUUACCUGCGCAUCUGGACCGAACUCGACCUAAGCACGCCACCAUCAGGUCUCGAGACCUGGGCCUACGUCCUCAUCAUCAUCGGUGUGCUUCUCACCGUCAUCACCUCGACAUCAAUUCUCAUGCACGGCGUCCAGGCUUGGCGCCGCGUUGGCCUUCGGCGCCGCGUCGUUGCGGGAGAGGUCAAUCUCGAAGCCAUGGGGAUCAAGCACCUCACAGUACCACAAAGUCACAUCAAAAAGUUUCCUUUAUUUACCUACCAUUACGAGCCAGAUACUGCCAGCCCGCCCUCGUCCCCACGGCCGCCCAGAAUCACACGGGUGAGGACGAGAUCAGGCGGUACGGACCUGGCAGAGGGCAUCGCGGCAAGCCGAGCUGCACAGUCCGCCACAGUCUCCGAUUUUGGCAUGAGCAGUCCAUUUACGGCCUCUACCACUGCGACAGAUUACCAGCCCAACUGCGAAAUCUGCCUCGAGCGUUACGAAAAUCGGGUGACGGUCAUCCGCGAACUCCCAUGCGGCCACAUCUUCCAUCCCGAGUGCAUCGAUCAGUUCCUCCACGAGAUCAGCUCCCUCUGCCCCAUCUGCAAAGCGAGCAUGCUUCCCGAGGGAUACUGCCCAAAAGUCACCAACGACAUGGUGCGCCGGGAGCGUGCCAUCUCACGACUGCGCGGCCACGUUGAGGUCCUGGACGACAGCGAAGAAACUGUUCCGGCGAAACGCCAAGGGCGGUGGGCGGCCACUAAAAGCAGUUUCUUCGGCGGCCGGGGGGUCGGUAUGUCGUCCACCUCGACCGAACUCAAGGAGACCAAAUCCAAACCCAAACCCAAGAAGAAGAAACCACCACAGCCUAUCCGGCUGCAACUGCGACCGCCAAACAGCCAAGCAGCUGCUGAUGCAGAUGAUGGCGCUGAUGUCAACGCUACUACCCAAAUCGCCACCACCGCGCUAGCAAGAGAACGAAUGCGGGAGCUGGCUGGUUAUGAACCCGACUACGGGGGCCCCCGUAUAACAAGGUGGCAACGAAUACGCACGAGGAUAUUCCCGGGUUUCUCAUGA